UCACAGCUGAUUUUGUGAUUUUCAGUUCCGCGUGAAAAUGGAAUUUAUUUUAAGGAAAAUUUAGAUAUUAUUAGCCGGAUAUCAUCAAAAUUGGUCUGACAGUGGCGUAAUAUAAUCUACAACCAUGGAUUUCUUCACCGAGGUGAUCGGAGAGACGGUGAUUCUUGGUUUGGAUUCGCUUAUCCUCGGCUUCUGUGUGAAACAGUUGAGCAAAUGCAAGCAUAUAUUAAAUGCUUUACAGACGGCUCCAGUGCUGGACAUAGACUCAUCGCUCAGCAGAGAAAUCAGCAAGUACCCUAACAACACCAUCCCAUAUGUGGUGAUCCGGGGCUUGGUGAAGCCCCUUGGGAACCCCAUUGUUAGCAACUACAACAACUCCGUCACUGGCGUUGUGCAAAGGCUAACAAUAAAGGAGCAUGUGAUAGCACGCACAUCUGCCGGUUUCUGGUCGGACCAGACGCGCACGAUCCAUGAGGUGUGCAACUCCUGUCCCUUCGUACUGAGCAAUGGCAAGUUCAGCAUUGAAGUGGUGGACGCGCUGGCGGCAGAGUUACUUGACAUGGACGUGAUCUCCGACAAGUUCGAGCCCAUGUCCCCCGGCGUCAUCGACCACGUGUGGGGCUUCUUCUCCGGCGUGAGGCAACGCGGGCUCCAAUCCAUGGAGGAAAUGCUUCGAGACGGCUCCUUUAUAACUGCUGUAGGGGAACUUAGUGGUCCGCCAGGGGCAUUGAAGAUACAACCGCCGAGAGAUGGCCUACCAUUGUACCUCACAACUGCUACGAAGUCAAGUUUGCUUAAGAGAUUGGCGAGCUCAAGAGAUUUCCUAAGAGUACUGGUGGUCCUCUUCGGCACAGUAGCAGUGCUAGCGGGGUCCCGCAUCGCGUACAAGUACGUGACGCGGCGGCGGCGCAAGGCGCGCGAGAACGAGGUGAAGAAGCAGCUCGCGGCCGGCCGCCGGGAGCGCCGCGCGCGCGCCCGCGACCGCGACCUCAGCGAGGCGCAGCUCUGCGUGGUGUGCGCCGAGAACCCUAAGGAGAUAAUUCUGCUACCCUGCGGCCACGUGUGCCUCUGCGAGGACUGUUCAGACAACAUCACAGAGCAGUGCCCGAUCUGCCGGGAGCGGAUAGAAUCACGCGCCCCGGCCUUCAUCACGUAGGGGCUGAUUGAUACAGCAGGGCAGGUUGAGACAACGGGGGGAAUUGAUACAGCGGGACAGAUUGAGACAACAGGAAAAGUUGAAACAGUGACUUGUGACAGGAUAAGUUUUUAAUUUUUAGCCUGGACAAUAGUGAAAAUUAGACGCUCGUUAAUUGCUUUUAUUUGGUGCACUCUCGGCUAUACUGGUGCUGUAGGCGACAGUUGAAGUAAAAACGUGCCAUUUCUUACAUAGGAGUCAUUUUACUAGGCUAGCUGGCUGGUCUAAAUAAUAAAUAGGUAAAAGUAAAAGUAAAAAUUAUUUAUUAACCAAGAAGAAAUGCUUAAAUACAGUAUUCAAAUUAUCGACGACUUCCACACUAGGCUAUGCCUGUGUCGUGAAAGUCAGCUACAUGCGGAAUGGGUAUUUAGUUUUUAAUCUGUUUCUACACCUACAGUCAA